AUGGAGGACCAAACUUCUAUACUCAUCGAAUGCUCGAAUGCCAACUUCAUUCAAACCUACUUUCGACGAAGCUUCCUUGAUGAAUCAGAUACAUUGGUAGAAAGCAUAGAAGAGAAGUUGAGGGGCGACAGUAUCCUGUUAGAGAAUGGUUGGCCCGAUCUUCGCAUUGGAAAGGAAAACGAAAACGACACGUUCGCACCUCUCUCCAAGGUCGCUUCGGCCGUUGCAAAGGUCGCCAAAUCUUGCGGUGUUAAGGAAGAGCAGAACUUUUGGGUUGUGCCGACUCCCACGCAAGCGGGCAUGUUCGACACUGCGGGAUAUCGACACUUCCCUGAUGUGCGAUGUGUUAGCAAAGACACAAAAAUUCAGCUUCGCCGCUCCGCUCGCAUAGCCGACAAAAAUGCCAACAACCAUAUACAACCUGACGAAGAAAACGAAGGUCUAUUCUCUCAUGCGGCUCAUAAUGUAUCCGCAUUGGGCGAGCUAAAGCUCCGCGACGCGAAGGCCACAGCUCAGGACGAUGAGAAGAAACUCCUCUUCGCAGCCAAUGAAAUUAUGUAUGAUGAUCCGACCAGGCGCUUCAUAUUUGGGUUCACCAUAGAGGCGACGACGACGCAGAUUUGGCUCUUCUGUCGAUCGCACAUUGCCAAGUGCAAGAAGUUCAACUAUCAUAAGGAGCCACGACCAUUCAUUAAAUUUCUGUUGGCCGUAAUGUUUGGUAGUCGGGAGCAGCUUGGUUGGGAUCCUACGGUAACGCGUCUUUCGAAAACGGUGAAUGGCUCGAAUAUUAUCGUUUACGAGUACAAGAUCGGUCACAGAAGAUUUCACACUAUUGGAAACCCAAUCUCUAACUCAGCCCACCACCUUGUCUCCCGAGCGACGCGAGUCUGGAAAGUGGACGAGGUCACUCAGGCCGGGCCAUCUGGUUCGACGUAUGUGCUGACCGACGUUUGGCCGUACAAGGAUGCCAAGCUCGAGAAGGAGAUCCUGGUCGAUAUAUUCGAGAAGUUGGCCAAGGUUGACGAGGAAAACAGGAAAAUCAACACACCUACCAGGCAUGCGGAGGAUGCGAAGCCCUUCUUCCUCACUAUCUUAGAGGAUGGGCCCGUGACAAACACUGAGGGUGAGAACGACGUCACUGUGUUCCCCCCAAAUUAUCAACGCGUCCAGUGGACUGAUGCCCGACGAUUGGGCGCCACCCGGCCCUCCCCGCCAAGUUCGCGAAGGGAUGACCUCGUUUGGAGCGCUGAUAUCCCUGUGCACGACCUAUAUAAGCUCGAUGUUCGUCAGCUUCAGGGACGGAAACAUGUACGCCGUCUUGUGAAGGAGGUCUGCCAGAGCGUAUAUGAAUUGGCUGACAUGCUGCAGUUUGUGAAAUGCAUGAAAGAUGUUCUCCGAGGUCUGUUCUACCUGCGCUUGGCUGGAUAUGUCCAUCGUGACAUCAGCCCUGGAAACUCCCUGUUCUAUAUUGAACUGAACCAAGGCAAAGUGUCCGAUGUGGAAUUUGGAAUGCACGAAUCCAGUUGUACGGUUCAUGAUGCAUCAGGGAAUUCCCAAAAUGCAAAUUAG